AUGGCUCCGACGAUUGAAACCGUCGCAAUUUACAAUUCUCACCAAGAGCACUCUGUCGAUUUCUUUGGAAUGGAGUUGAUCGUCACCGUAACGCCGACUGCCUCCGUCAUCAGCCAAUGGAUCAGCAACGUCCUAUACAACAACAGCGCUCGGUUCUUCUCUCAUCCUCUCGUCGUUGGAGUCGGCGUUCAGUGGACAGCGGAUGAUCCUCACUCCAGUCCUCCAGGGGAUAGCUACUACGCCGAUCCUUCACCGCCUCGCUACUACGUCGAUCCUCCAGCAGACACUCUCCAGUUAAGCGUGGGUAAUGAAUGUCUCAUAAUCCAGCUAUCUUACUGUGACGAUGUCCCCGACGAACUCCGCAGUUUCCUCACGGAUCCGCAAACGACUUACGUCGGCGUCCGGAACAGUCAAGACGCAAGGAAGCUAGCAACAUGUAGGCAUCGGUUGCAGAUGGGAGAGCUUCUGGACAUUAGGAACUAUGUUCGAGAUUCGCAGGGCUGCCACAUGAGGGGUCGUUCGUUUGAAGCGAUUUUCCAUGAACGUAUGGGUUUUCAAGGAGUGAGGCUAGAUCCGGAGAUAUCCAGGAGCGAUUGGAGUGUUUACGAGCUUUCCGAUGAACAGAUACUUCAGGCGUCACUAGAUGUUUGUGUUUGCGCCAAGCUCGGUGUCUGGGAACGUCUAUGGGAAGUUUGA